CCAUUGUUCCGACGCCACUUCCGGUUCCGUCGCGGCAGUGGCAGAGCGAGGAGGGCCCGGGAGCCAUGAUCGAGGUUGUCUGCAAUGACCGUCUGGGGAAGAAGGUCAGGGUGAAAUGCAACCCCGAGGACUCGAUCCGGGACCUGAAGAAGCUGAUCGCAGCCCAGACCGGCACCCGCUGGGACAAGAUCGUGCUCAAGAAAUGGUACACCAUCUUCAAGGACCACGUCACACUCGGGGACUAUGAGAUCCACGAUGGGAUGAACCUAGAGCUCUACUACCAAUAGUGGCCCCUUCCAGCGCAUCCCAGUUCUUCCCAGUACAUCCCAGUGUCCGCCACCCCCAUUUUCACCCCAUUUCUCCCCCUGGAGCCGCAUUGAGGCUCCAAACCUGCCCCGUUUGUUUAUAAAUAAAGGCGAUUUUGGGGCC